AUGUCAGCCUCAUUAGCCCCAGAAUGCAACAACAUAAAAGAGAAAUACGAAACGUGCUUUCUCAAAUGGUAUAGUGAAAAGUAUCUGCGCGGUAAUACCACGGACAAGGACUGUGCAAAGGUCUUCGAAGAGUACCAGAAAUGCCUAUCACUCAUUUUACCUCGGGACGAUGCCACUGACCAACUGUAG